AUGAGCAUGUUCCAAUCGAAAAAGCCGUUCUCGGCGGUAACUGUAACCGUUGAGAAUCUUACCUCCGAAUCAUAUGAGGAGGAAGAUCUCAGCGGUAUCCCUGAGCUUGUCGAAGUCAUUACCCUACAAGCUACGGGCCCUAGUGAAGCAGCUCGAGCCAUUCGAAAGAAGCUUAAAUACGGAAAUGUGCACCGCCAGAUCCGUGCAUUGGUCAUUCUUGACGGUCUCAUCCAGAACGCUGGUGAGAGGUUCCAGCGAACCUUCGUGGAUGAGCCCUUGCUUGAACGUCUGCGUGUUUGCGGUACAUCUGACCUGUCUGAUGUUGCAGUGAGGAAUAAGUGUAGGGAGCUCUUUCGUUCAUGGUCACAGUAUGCUGGCAGGCCAGGGCUAGACAGUCUCGCACGACUUCACAGAGAACUCCCCAAGAGAAAGCAAGCUGUUACACAGGAGAGAUCUCGAGUCCUGAGGGAGACAGAGGAAAAUCCAUUUGUCGACGACGAACAAGAAGCUGCGGCAAAGGCGGCCCGUGAUGCUCGGGACGCUUCAGGCCCUUCGAGCUCAAACCCAGCAUAUGGUUCAACAUUCGGACACUCUUCUACCAAAUCUUCCUCAGGGCCCAGUGCUUUCUUCGGUAGCUCUAAAGAUAAGAAGAAGGAGAAAGAGAAGGAUAAGGCGAAGGGGAAGCGAAAGCCUUUCAAUCUUGAGGCUGAGAAGGAGCAAAUGAAGUCUGUCAUUGCUGACUCCUCCAUAGCAGCAACGAACUUGAUGAAUGCGCUUCAAAGCAUUAACCGUGAGGUGGAGCGUAUUUCAGAGAACCAGACGGCAGUGGAGCGCUUUGAAGCUUGUAAACUUCUUCGGCGCAAAGUACUUCGAUAUGUUCAUCAUGUGGAGGAGGAGCAGUGGCUGGGAGGAUUGCUUCAUGCUAAUGAUGAGCUUGUCCAUGCUCUCAUGUCUUUCGAACAGUUCGAUCGUUCGAUUGACGCGGAUAGUGAUUCGGAUGACGAACUUGCCGAGCAAGCUCAUCUUUAUCGGAUGGCUACAAUUAAGGGUAAGGAGGCCAUGGCCAAGGCUGCCUCUCAGUCUCCAACAGCCUCGCAGCCUCCAGACCUCUCCGAGCUAAACAUUUCAGCACCCGUUCACGCAGCUCCUCCUCGGCCACCGCCCAUGUCCAAGCCUCACUCAAACCCUCCCCCUCAACCCCCAAGGCCUGUUGCAGCUCCGCAGGAUGAAGAUGAUGAAGACGAUCCCUUCGGCGAUUCUCAUGCACUCGAGACACCUAUGCACGAACGUGACCAGCCUAAGUGGUAG